CAUUUCCGUUCUAGUAGAGAACAUGGGUCUUUUACGUGUUUGAAGCGUGAGGAGUAGUCGAAAGUUUGUUCGUCCAGUCUUGUUACUAUACUGAUAUAACUGAUAUUAAAUAUAAAAUAUUAUUUGUUCGUUAAACCAUGGCGACCAAUCUUCGAGGACUUUGUAGAUUAAAUAUUUCUCUGGCAAAUAAUGCAUUUUUCAAGUAUAAUUUUAUAAAUGUUGGGGUUCGGUGUAUGUAUACGGAACGAGACUUAGGCGUAUCAUCGUAUGAGAAUACGAGAUACGUAUUUCGUAAUCAGUUUAUGACGAUAGAAAAUACAUUUCGUGAAAAAAUGCAGGAAAUAUGUGAGGAUCAGAAUGGAGUGGUAUAUACAGAAGAUUUAAAAGCAAUGAUACAUUUGGCACAAGCUAAUGAAAGUGAUAUGCAACUGUUAAAUAAUAUGUUAGAGAAGUAUAUUCAGAAACAAGAAGAAAAGAAGUUUGGUAAAUACAUAUUUGGACCAGUUGUAAUGAGAAUGUAUUAUCAUUUGAAUCAACCAAAAUAUGCCUUAGAAGCAUUUGAUAAUAAUGCAUUGAAAGAAAGCUUUGAUUACCGCACAUCUUUCCGUAUUUUAAUGUGUUUGUUAUAUAAAAAUGAUAUGUACAAAGAAAUGAGAGAGGUAUACCAGAAAGUUUUGGAUAAGAAUGGUAUGGAUUACAUUAGGAGCUGUAACGUCUUAAUGUAUGCAGGAUGUCUGAAGGAGAAUACUCCAGAGGCACUAGAAUACGCAUUAGGUCAUUGGAAACAGCAGUAUGAUAAAAUGAAGCCUUCUAUAAGAAGUUGUUCAUUGUUAUCGUGUUUAGCGAUUAAAAAUAAUAGACCUGAAAUAGCUCUGGACAUAUUAAGUACAAUACCACUAGAUAAAAUUAUGAGUGUUAGAGGUCUUAAAAUGUUGGCAUAUGUGCAUUUGGGACGAUAUAUACAAAUAAUUCCUAUCUUGAAACGUGGAUUAGAAGAAGAUAAUGUUCGUGUUAAAUCUUACUAUUUUUUUGCUGAUGUGAUGUAUGAACUAGAAGAAAAAUUGAAGGCAGAAAAUGUAGAAGAAAGCAAACAACUACUUAAUUUAAUAGAACAAGCAAGAAAGCAAGAUUUUAUUCAAACCAAUUAUACUUUGGAAGAAUUUAUACUAAAGCCAAUGAUUUUGACAAGCCGAAACAGAGGAGCCUCAGAAAAUAUGGAUGACAAAAAGAGGUUUAGAAAUCGUCAGCAAUACCAAUCACAAGAGAAAACUGAAUUAAAAAAUUAUUUCUAAUGCAUUUUCUUAAUUUCUUCAUCAACAAUUAAUUACGUAUGAUUUUAUCAACUUAGUUGAUGAAGAAUCUUUUCUAUCAAUGGAUUCCGCAGUCAAAUUGUAUCCUUGAUCGAUAAGUAAUAUGUUUUAUCCGUAUUUUGUAGGUGUAGUUACUGUAUAGAAUGUAAUUCUAUGAAGUAAAUAAAAUAAAUUCAGAAAAAUGUAAAAGACUGAAA